GAGUUGUAUUGGGGAGAUCGAUUCGAGGCUUGCACAUUGUUAGCACACAAUACGCCACUGACCGACUCUACAAUGUUGCAAGCGUUCAUAUUUAGGAGUACGCUUACAAUGAAGAAUACAAGAAAGAGAUUAUUUUGUAGAAAUUGCCAGAGUGCCUACUGUUUGCCCUUGAAUCGUCUAGCCAAGCGAGAAUACAAACGUUAUCAAAUGAAAAGUGACUUUGAUGCUGUGAACCAAAACUUGACUGGAAAUGAAUUUCCCAAAAGUUCUUUGGAUGGUGUCUCAACUUGGAAACCAGUGGGAGAAAGCUCGACGCAUAAUGAUAACACUCGUCCGUCUCCAGUUUCGUCAAACCCGAGUGAAGAAGCCCCGACUUCAUAUGACACAAGUAGCGUCAAUCAACUCUCAUCGUUUGAUGGAUUAGUUGAAAGUGUGUCAAAAAAGGUUCCUGAUUGGUUAUACAAGCCAGCAAUAGCCAGAGACUUCCCCAGACCUAGAGUGCCAUCAUCACCUGAGCUCAUUCAUAGAUACGAACAGAGGCGCAAGUUUUUCAGUGCUUAUCCAGGAAGAGCAGUUCUUGUGUGUAUAGGUGCAUUGAUCACUUUAGCAACCCCUUCGAGAGCUCCUACAUUUCUCACGAUACCUGUGCAGUUUGUCGCCCUGUCGAUGAUUGCUUUACACGUCAUACUACUAUUCAUCUGGCUAUUUGGUGUAAAUGGAGCAGCAGCUCAUAUUUACACUCCAACUGAAGAAGAAUACAACAAGAUAAAGGAUAAUCUGGCCACACCCGAAACAAUGCCCAUAUUACCUGCUGAAAGAAGAAACGAGUUUGCACUAUACUUUCUCCACCUACUUGGGCAUUAAUACUGGGUCUAUUAGAUUCAGGA